AUGGUUCAAGAAGUCGAUAAAACGAAGCUUAAAGUAAGAAGAACGCCAAUAUUUUUGCUUUUCCUAACUUUCAGAAUACUCAACGCAGUUUUGACAAGAACCUUCUUUCAGGCGGAUGAGUUUUGGCAAGCGUUGGAACCAGCUCACUGGAAGGCCUUCAAAUACGGUGAAUUGACAUGGGAAUGGAAAUUCGGGGUUCGCAGCUAUAUGUUUCCGAUGAUUUUUGAGUUGACUUACAGGUUGGUUUCGCUAUCGUCAGUCAUGCUUCAUUAUGUCCUCCUUUCACUCUCAACGAUAGGCUCUAAUUUGCUUAUUUUACUACUACCGAAGUAUGAAUUAACCUGGCAAGUUGUAAAUGAUUUGCAAAAACUCCCCUUGGAUAUUCCACGGUCAUUUGAAUAUUACGGUGUAAUAUAUGCUCCAAAAAUUAUCAUGGCUGUAAUAGCUUCCACUGGAGAAUAUUAUACCAUAAGAUUUGUCCAAAAAAUCUAUUUAUUGACACUCGAUAAGAAGAAGGACGGAGAAGAAGACAAGGAAGGGGCUGAUUUACCUGAAAUUACGAAAUUCGCCGUGCUAUUAAGCUUAACCAAUUUUUUCAACUGUUUUUUUAUUACAAGGACGUUUAUCAACUCUUUUGAAAUGGUUCUCACUUCUAUUGCGCUUUACCAUUGGGACUGGACAGGUGGGCAAAUGGUAAGAGAGUCAUCCUUUACCAAAGCGCUCACUUUUGCAUUUUUAGCAUGUUUACAAAGGCCUAGCAGUGGACUCAUUUGGAUAAUCCCCGGCCUACUCUUACUACUAAAUUUAGUAUCCAAGAAGCAGUAUCACUUACUCUCUAUCGCACUUUUAAAAGUGAUCCGAUCAUUUUUGUUAGUAUUUACUGCAAAUGCCGUUAUCGACAUGUAUUUCUAUAAAGAAUUGACAUUUCCCAUCUUCCGAUUUUUGAAGUUUAAUUUUACAACACCGCUAUCGAAAUUUUAUGGAGUAGCUCCUUGGCAUUUCCAUCUCUUUCAAAGUCUACCCAUCAUAUUAGGUGCAGCUACUCCUGUUUUUGUAUUUGGAUUGUUUUCUCAACUCAGUAAAAAGAGUUUUUCAGAUAGGUAUUUAAAUCCAUUUCUCCAAGUGAAAGGCAUUAUCCUUCUCAAUUUAUUGGUAUAUUCGAGGCUACCCCAUAAAGAAUUUAGGUUCAUUUUCCAAUUGCAACCACUUUUCAUAUUAAUAUCAUCAUUCGGCCUUUUCAAACUUAAUACGGCAUAUGGAAAGAGACUGGUUGCACUAAGACCCUUACUAUGGCUCGUUCCAUUCGUAUCAGUACUCGUCGCUUUACUCUUGAAUACAUUUCACGAGUCCGGAUCCAUUGAAGUCAUGAAAUUUUUGCACGAAGAGCCAGAGAUAGAUAGUUUGGGAUUCAUAAUGCCCUGUCAUUCGACACCGGGUCAAAGUUAUUUACACCGGAGUGAUAUUUCCGAUUUGUGGUCAGUAACUUGUAACCCUCCAUUGCAUCUACUUGAAGAUUCGGAAGCCUAUUCAAAGCUUGAGUCCUACAUGGAUGAAAGUGACCAUUUGUAUGACAAUAUUCCCACAUUCAUUUAUAGACAUUUUCCACCGCUAUUUCGUAAAAAUCUGAGAACUCCAGGUAAAAUAUACAGCCACGAAUGGCCAACAUAUCUGGUGGUUUUUGAACACAUGGAAAAUGCAUUCCUGAAAGAAUUUUUAGGGGAUUCAUCGUAUGUUGAAUACAAUAGAUUCUUUAACUCCCUUGCACACUGGGAUUCCAGGAGAUCGGGAGACAUUAUCGUCUAUUACAAGCUACCUUUUGAUUUCAGUGAUAUUUCGGUAGUGAAAAGCUAG